UAGUUUCUAGAACAAUCUGCCUUCGCAGCAUCAAAGUCUUAAACCCCUCUUUCAAGGGUUUUUACACUCUCCCAACUCUCUCACCCACAAAACAAUAUAUUUUUCUGCGGUACUCUCUAGGGCUGUUUCUCAAUGGCUCCAGUUCUAAGCAGGAGUUUAGCCAACGCUUCUCUAGCUACACUUCCCUCUUCAUCCCCCUUCACAGCUGGAAAUCCCAGUAAAGUAUUCAACUUUAGAAGCACUUUUGUCCCACAAAAUGGGAUCGGAAGGGGCUUAUCAUGUAGUGGGUUGAAGUGGAAGCUCGAGAGGAGAAAUAGUCGAAUCGCCGUGCGGUGUGAAGCGGCGGUUGCCGAGAAGGAGGCCGGCGAUACUUCUGGCGAGAAAUUUGAGUACCAAGCCGAGGUCAGUCGACUAUUAGAUUUGAUAGUUCAUAGUCUUUACAGCCACAAGGAGGUGUUCCUUCGAGAGCUUGUCAGUAAUGCAAGUGAUGCAUUGGACAAGUUGAGAUUUUUAAGUGUGACUGAGCCUUCUUUGCUUGGAGAUGCUGGUGAUCUAGAGAUACGAAUCAAACCUGAUCCAGAUAAUGGGACCAUCACUAUAACGGAUACUGGUAUUGGAAUGACAAAAGAGGAGCUCAUUGAUUGUCUAGGAACUAUUGCUCAGAGUGGUACUUCAAAAUUCUUGAAGGCAUUGAAGGAAAAUAAGGAUCUUGGUGCAGAUAAUGGGUUGAUUGGUCAAUUUGGUGUUGGUUUCUAUUCUGCUUUUCUUGUUGCUGAGAAGGUUGUUGUCUCCACAAAAAGCCCAAGGUCAGAUAAGCAAUACGUUUGGGAAUCUGAGGCUGAUAGUAGCUCAUAUAUAAUUAAGGAAGAGACAGAUCCUGAAAAGCAACUGCAACGUGGAACACAGAUCACACUCUAUUUAAGGGCUGAUGACAAAUAUGAAUUCUCAGAGCCAACCAGAAUUCAAAAUUUGGUGAAGAAUUACUCGCAGUUUGUUUCUUUCCCUAUCUAUACUUGGUUGGAAAAAUCAAGGACUGUUGAGGUGGAAGAGGAGGAAGAACCAAAAGAAGGAGAAGCAGAGGGCGAGAAGAAAAAGAAGAAGACAACAAAAACCGAGAAAUAUUGGGACUGGGAACUAGUCAAUGAAACAAAACCAAUUUGGAUGCGGAAUGCAAAGGAAGUUCAAAAAGAAGAGUACCAAGAAUUCUACAAGAAAACAUUCAAUGAUUUCUUGGAUCCACUUGCAUACACUCAUUUCACAACUGAGGGUGAGGUGGAGUUCAGGAGUGUUCUUUAUAUUCCUGGAAUGGGGCCUCUUAACAACGAGGAUGUAAUAAAUCCAAAAACUAAAAAUAUACGUUUAUAUGUGAAACGGGUGUUUAUCUCAGAUGAUUUUGAUGGUGAGCUGUUUCCACGGUAUUUGAGUUUUGUGAAGGGUGUGGUGGACUCUGAUGACCUUCCUCUAAAUGUUUCUCGAGAGAUCCUUCAAGAAAGCCGAAUUGUGAGAAUCAUGAGAAAGAGACUUGUGAGGAAAACAUUUGACAUGAUCCAAGAUCUAGCUGAAAGUGAAAAUAAAGAGGAUUACAAGAAAUUCUGGGAGAACUUUGGCCGGUUUAUAAAGUUGGGAUGCAUUGAGGACUCUGGGAAUCACAAGCGCAUAACACCUCUUUUGCGGUUCUACUCUUCGAAAAAUGAGGAAGAACUAACAAGUUUAGAUAACUAUGUUGAGAACAUGGGUGAGAACCAGAACGCUAUCUAUUACUUGGCAACAGACAGUCUGAAAAGUGCCAAGUCUGCUCCAUUCUUAGAGAAGUUGCUUCAGAAAGAUAUUGAGGUUCUAUAUUUAAUAGAGCCCAUUGAUGAAGUUGCGAUCCAGAACUUGCAGACCUACAAAGAAAAGAAAUUUGUUGACAUAAGCAAAGAAGAUCUAGAGCUUGGUGACGACGAUGAGGUCAAAGAAAGAGAAACCAAACAGGAAUAUAAUCUUCUAUGUGAUUGGGUAAAGCAACAGCUUGGUGAUAAGGUAGCAAAAGUCCAAAUCUCUAAGCGUCUGAGUUCAUCUCCCUGUGUUCUUGUUUCUGGCAAGUUUGGAUGGUCCGCUAAUAUGGAAAGAUUGAUGAAAGCUCAGGCUCUUGGGGAUACCUCAAGUUUGGAAUUCAUGAGGGGGAGGAGAAUAUUGGAAAUUAAUCCAGAUCAUCCCAUUGUUAAAGACCUAAAUGCUGCAUGCAAGAAUGCUCCUGAUAGCAUUGAUGCCAAGAGAGCAGUUGAUCUCCUAUACGAUACGGCCUUGAUCUCCAGUGGAUUCACGCCUGACAGCCCAGCUGAGUUGGGAAACAAAAUAUAUGAGAUGAUGGCAAUGGCCCUGGGAGGAAGAUGGGGUAGAUCAGAAGAGGAGACAGAUGCAGCAACAGAUGACAAUGCUGCAAAGUCUGAUGCAAGUGCCGGUGAAUCCUCGGAGGCUCAAGUGAUCGAACCAUCGGAAGUGAGGGCAGAGACUGAUCCUUGGAGUGAUUAAAUAUCCCAUUAAGACAUUGUUCAAUGAAAAAUUUUGGCAUUAUAGAAAGGGAGAGAGAUCAAUUAGGAUAGGGAAAACAGUGCACACAAAGCAGGUUCAUGCACACUGGGUUUUUGGUUGGGUAAGGGAGGGGGAAGAGAGAGAGAGAGUGAUGCUCAUAUACUUUGUGAUGGAAAAGUAAUUAUUAUUGUUAUGAUGUGCUGGCUGCUGCUGUUGAUUUAUAAUGCUCGUUUUAAAAUUCAAAUUUCAUGUGAUUUUCUUAAUA